AGGAGGGUGUCCAGAGCCGCCGCUGCGGGAGGUGCCAUGAGGCGGUCCGGGAGAAGCCCCUCCACCCCGCCCUCCCGGAGGGCCCCCUCGACUCCUCCCUCCCGGAGGGCCCCCCAAACCCCGCCCUCCCGCCGGGGGAGGCGCCCCGGCCCCUCUCCGCGCAGGCAGCGGGCGCCCCCAGCCUCGCCUCGCCGGGCGCCCCCCGCGGACCAGGCGCAGCGCCCCCGCCGGAGAAGGUUCCGCCCCGGCCAGCGAGCCCUGCUGGAGAUCCGCAAGUACCAGAAGUCCACCAACCUGCUCAUCCGGAAGCUGCCCUUCGCCCGCGUGGUGCGCGAGAUCUGCCUGGAUUACACGCGGGGGGUCGACAUGCAAUGGCAAGCCAUGGCGCUGCUCGCCCUGCAGGAGGCCGCCGAAGCGUUUCUCGUCUUCCUGUUGGAGGAUGCUUACCUCUGUACCAUCCAUGCCAAGAGGGUCACCCUACACCCCAAGGACAUCCAGCUGGCUCGGCGGAUCCGGGGCAUUCAGGGCGGCUUGGGCUAGCAUCCUGCCUCCCAGGGAGCAGCGAAAAGGCAACCGGGAGCAUCCCAGAACCUGCAACGUGCUCAGGGACCUCCUUCAGGCUGGGGGCGGCUGGCUUGGACCUAAAAGCCCCUGUGAGGGGGGCAGCGCGGGCUCAGCUCUUUGGCUCCCUCCUUUUUUCCGCCUGCUUCCUGCACCAGCUUCUCCCUGAGGUGACUUAAUGUGGGGCAUGAUGGGGUGGGAUCCGGGGUGGGAGUGUUGGGUUGUCAUAUGCGGAAGGGGGCAGAAUAAGAAAGGGGACCUGUUCAGCUCCAAGUGAAUUGCUUUUAAAGCCCUGUUUUGACUCCAGCGAGGGAGACGCUUGACCUGUGACCCCUCCAGAUGUUGCACAGCUGCCGUCGGCCCUGACCAUUGGUGAUGCUGGCUGGAGCUGAUGGUUGUGGGCAGCCACGAGUCCCCCCCCCCCCCCCGCUUUUAAAAUCUUUCUCAUGGAAAGUCAGUGGACCUUUGCCAAAGUUGCUCUCACAAUUUUUUUACUUAGGCCUCACCGACACUGUGUGUUUAAAGCAGUAUCAUGCCGCUUUUAACUAGCCCCCCUCCAAGAGACCCGGGAGCCGUAGUUUAGGGGUGCAGAGAGCGACAAUUCCCAGAGUUCCCUGCGAAGAGGGAUGGAUUGCUAAACCUCUCUCUUAAGAAGUAGGGGGGCGCUCCUACCAAUUCUCAGCAGCCUUAACAAGCUACAGUUCCCGGGAUUCUUUGAGGGGAAACAAGAAGUGCUUAGAGUGGUUACGAUACUGCUUUAAAUGCAUAACGCAGAUGUGGCUUUGGAGCUGUGUUUCCCAGGCUUGGGCGUCCAGCUGUUUUCAGACUACAACUCCCAUCAUCCCUGACCGCUGGUCUUGCAACUAGGGAUGAUGGGAGUUGUGGUCCAAGGGCAACUGGAGACCCAAAGUUUGGGAAACGUUAGAGUUUGCUUGGUUUUUUAAACAUGAAGUUUUAUCUUAACUGCUCUUGUUGCCAAUGGAUGUCCCUUCUGCUCACUGCCAUGCUUGCCCCCGCCUCCAAGUGGAUGCUCUAGCAUGGCUCUUGUCAAGAUGGGCCCCUCCGGACAUUUUGGACUACAACUCCCAUGCACCCAAAAUCUCUGAAGGGCCUCAGGCCAGCGCCUUCCGUGUCCUGCUGAUAUUCUGCCAUCUAUUUUAUCUCUUCCCGCUUUAUUCUCUCAUUUCGCAUCAGAAACGCGAACAUUAUUGGAGGGGAGGAGAAAAUGCUUUAUCUCCAGCCGGACAUGGAGGCAAAGCAAGUUCGCCUCAGACCUGAUCCCUGCCAAAAACUAGGGAAUGAAAAAUCCUGUCAGAAACCAGGGCGAAUACACACAGGUCCUUUUCUAAACCAACAGUGAAUUCCAGGGCAGCAAAGCAGGGAUGGAGGGAGAGACGCAGAAAGAGUGAACCUCUUUUUCUUUUUAAACAUUGCAAGAUGUUUUCCGUUGAAAUUUGAAUAAAGCAGGUUUGAACGCUUGUUAAUAAAUAAAUUGAAAUCUUGCUCACAAAACUA